UACAACGUAACGUCACUUGUCAACAUGGCCGCCACCGUCUCCAGCGAACAUUUCAACAACUUACAGCUUCUUCUGAAGGCUCCGUCUAAAGAAGCGGUCAGAGACGUUUGUGUUCAGAGUCACAGAGGUCCGAGUCGUCGGCUCACAGAGUCGACAGCAGCGAGGCUCAGCAUCUCCACGGCCCAGGCCGCUCAGCUGGUCCAGUCGCUCCACGUUCUGUCUCAUCAUGUCGUCUUCUACAACCUGAGCUCUCCGGAGUCCAUCCUCGCUCUCUUUCCUGAAUCGUUCCACUCCAGUCUGAAGAACCUCAUCACUAAGAUCCUGCUGGAGAACAGUGCGGCGUGGAGGACAGAAGCUCUCGGCGACCAGAUCUCUCUCCCUCAGCUGAAGGAGCUGGACUGGAGGGUCGACAUGGUGACCGCCUCAGACUCCGUCAGCCGGAUGGCCGUCCCGACCUGCCUGGUUCAGCUCAAGAUCGAGGAUCCAUCAGCGGGUGGGGACUCGGUUUCUGCUGUGACGGUGGAGCUGAGUCGAGAGUCUCUGGACACCAUACUGGACGGACUGGGACGAAUCAGAGACCAGCUGUCUGUGGUCGCUGGGAAAUAAAGAUGGCUGAUUGGCUCAAUUGUUUGAUGACAUCACAGCUCCAUGAGUGGACAUUUAAAACAGACUGGAGCUGUUUUAUGUUUGUCGUCAUGUUGUUGUGACUAACUCUCAUUGUGUGCUCUAAAUAUGUAAAUAAAUUUACAGGAAAACAUGAAAAACUUGAAGUUGUGAGAUUUAGGAUUAACACACAAAAGAAAAACACAAUCUUACUGUGUGUCUUUGUUUUAAUCUGCAGAUAUAAAGAGCCAGGAUCAUUUAUGUCAGUUAUUCAGACAUGUUUCAUGUUUAUCAGUAAAAUACACAUUCAUACAGGCUCAGCCUUUAACAAAGACUGGAGUUAGUAUUUAAACCUGCAGAUUUAACUGUUUAGUAGAGUUCUAAUUUACCGUCUGAAACCGAUGAGACUCAGAAAAACUCUAAAUAAAAUCAAACAUAUCUCUGACAUUCAGAUACUAAAACGGUAGACUUCAUUCCUGUUUAUAAAAUCUAAAUUUCAGUUAAAUAUUUCUGAUUUUAUGUUUUUGAAAUGAAUUAAAUCUCAGAUUUUCACACCA